AUGGAUUUUCCUUCUCUUCCACCUGAUCAGCAGGAGCCAGCUGAUUGCUUGGCUCCGCCUUCCAUGGUGAACCAACCCGAAGGAGACUCUGCCAAUCGGCAACAUUUUCCUGAUACCAUUUACAACGAAAUGGCAGAGCUGCUCAUGGAGGAGGACAUGGCGGAAAUAUUCAUCGACCCAUUGGCUCUCCGAGUCGCCGAGGAAUCAUUGUACGAAGUUCUGGGUAAGCAGUAUCCUCCUUCACCCGAAAAGCCCACGCCUUUCUGCUGUGUUCGUACUAGCAACUCUGUUCUUCACUCCACUUCGGCAUCCACCUCAAAAAUGCCCAUCAGUGGGAGCUCUGCCGCUGCGCCUAUGGACCCUCAUGUAAGUUCAACACCUUCAUCUUCAAAUCCUUUUAUUAACCAGAACGAGUUCGUAUUUAUGUUUCAAAGAGGGGUACAGGAAGCUAGUAAGCUCCUUCCAAACAUUGAUUUGGAAAAGUCUAAGUGCACGUGGCUUCCAAAGUGCAAGGGCGGCGACGCCGGCGAGCCGGAGGCGAAGAAUGAUCACGAGUCAUUGAGAGAUGAUGAGUCCAUAAUGUUGUUUAGGAGAGGGGUUGAGGAAGCUGGUAAAUUCCUUCCAGUUAUUGAUUUGGGCAACUAUAACUCUGCUCUGCGGCCAGGAUCCAAGGAGCUUGACGGUGGAACGGGGAAGAAUAAUCAUGACAGGGAGGAAACAGAUGCAGAAGAAGGAGGGAGGAGUAACAAGCAGCUGGCGGUUCGUGCGGAAGAGGAGGAGUUGUCGGAGAUGCUCGAAAAGGUUUUUCUCUUUCCUGAGGAAGAUAAGGAGCAGCAGGCGUGUACUGCUGCUCAUGAAGUUCAGCAGAAUGGACAAAACAUGUUGUUGCUUCAGAAUAAGCAACCAUGUGGCUUUAAGGUUGGGGUACGUGCGAGGAAAAGGAGAAGUACACAAGUGGUGGAUUUGAAGACUCUUCUUUUUCUUUGUGCCCAGGCCAUAAAUGAUACUGAUUUGAAGGCUGCACAUGAAAUGUUGAAGGAGAUUAGGCAGUACUCUUCUCCUUUUGGGGAUGGAACUCAAAGGAUUAGCCAUUAUUUUGCCGAUGGUAUUGAGGCACGAUUGGCGGGAGUUGGGAAUCAAAUUUAUAGUACCUGGUAUUCUAAGAGACCGUCGCCCGACGCUAUGCUGAAAUCUUAUGGGGCAUUUGCUUUGGCCUGCCCAUUCAGAAGGAUUAGUUUAUAUUUUGGGAACCAUAAUAUUUUGGGUGUGACUAACGGAGCAACAAAGAUUCACAUCAUAGAUUUUGGUAUUCAAUUUGGAUUCCAAUGGCCCAUCAUUGUGCGGGAUCUCUUAGCCAGAGUUGGUGGGCCUCCCAAACUUCGCAUUACAGGACUUGAGAUCCCUCUACCUAGAUUUUGCAGAGCACAAAAAGUUGGGGAGAUGGGACAUCGCAUGGCAAAGUAUUUUAAGCGCUUUAAUAUUCCAUUUGAGUACAAUGCUAUCGAUAAGAAAUGGGAUACUAUUCAAAUUGAAGACCUUAAGAUUGACAAAGAUGAGGUCAUUGCUGUAAAUUGCCUAUACCAAUUUGAGAAUCAUCUACUUGAUGACACAGUUGCCUCGAAGAGUCCAAGGAACGUUGUUCUAAACUUAAUCAAGAAGAUGAAUCCUAAUAUAUUUAUCCAUGCUAUUAAUAAUGGGUUGUUCAAUGACCCCUUCUUUCUUACUCGAUUUCAGAAAGCAUUCUACCACUACUCGACAUUGUUUGAUAUGAUGGAUUCUACCUUACCCCGUGAAAAUCCAGGAAGGAUGAUGUUUGAGCAAGAGAUUUUUAGGCGUGAAGUUAUGAAUAUUAUUGCAUGUGAAGGUUUAGAAAGAGUUGUAAGGCCUGAAACGUACAAGCAUUGGCAUGCUCGAAAUAUGAAGGUUGGGUUUAGGCCACUUCCGCUAAAUAGGGAACUCAUGAAGACAUUAAAGGAAAAGGCUCAAUCUCACACUCAGCCAGAACGCAGAAGACCCUCCCUCACUGGCAGUGAGUCACUGCCUUUCUCUCGCUUACCUGAGCUCGCUCCUCCGCAGUCCACACCAGACACUACCGGUCCACCAGACUCCAUCUUCACGCGAUGUCGUCGUAUGUGUCCAUCGCCGUCGCCAUUGCCGGCCAUCGUCACCAACACAGACUACACAGUCACUGCUCUCUGA